UGUUGUUGAAGUUAAUAAGAGGCAAUUACUCAGAGCUGAUUCACUUGUUUCAUAUAAUGGGUUUCCUGGAUAUUUGCAUAGUAUGAAUAGAAAAGCACAUGAAAUAAAUAUGGAAGAACUUUGGCUUGUUGAAGAACAAGA